AUCUUGAUGGUACGAGCAUCCAUACUAAAAAUUCCGCUUUGAUCUAUCCAUCCAUUCCAGGUUGAUUGGAUAUCCCCAUUGAGCUAUAUUUGAAUCUCGAAAUUCUUGCUAUCCUACUAUUCCCUCCCUCCACAGCUCAAUAGGAAAAAUGGAAGGAAAGGCAAACAAGAAAAUGAAGAGGGUUCUCCUUCUAGUAAACGUCACACUCCUCGCGGUCGGACUCUGCGGCGGCUCCAUGGUCGUGCGCAUCUACUUCAUCCACGGUGGCAACCGAGUAUGGCUAUCGAGCUGGUUGGAAACCCGCGGCUAGCCCAUCAACUUCAUUCUCAUUGUCUUCCAAUGAUCAACUCCAAGAUUGCUCAUAAGUCUGCUUAGCUUAGUUAUUACUGAGUAUGCUAUGUCGGGUCUUGUCGCAGAUUACCAAAUUCCUCGUAUACCCGAAAACAAAUUAAAAAUGUAAGCUAGAAUCUACGUCCUUCUCUCUGGCAUCAUCGAUCACGGGUCAUGGAUCGCACGUGUUGACUAGAUUUGGUCUGAACCCUUAAUAUAGGCUAAUUUGCUACACUUCUACAUUAACUUAAGAGGUACCCGUUUGAACACUCUAUGUACUUGUAAAUAUCAUAUCAAAUAUCUUAAACAAAAUAAAUCAACAGCCUGUUCAAUAUGCUGACUUCUGCUUUCCUCUCUCUACUCUCUCUCCUUCUCAAUCCGAGAGAGAACAAAGCGUAAACGGACCCAGAUAUCGCAAAUUAGUAUUGAUAAGAAAUAAUGGGAGAACUGGAUCAAACCGCCAACCAAAAAAUGAAGAUGGGCCUUCUCCUUCUAGUAAACGUCACACUCCUCGCCAUUGGAAGGUGCGGCGGCCCCAUGGUCAUGCGCCUCUACUUCCUCCAUGGCGGCCACCGAGUAUGGCUAUCGAGCUGGCUGGAAACCGGCGGAUGGCCCAUCAAUUUCAUUCUCCUUCUCGUAACCUACCUCAACCGCCGUCGCAAAGAGGGUCCUGCCGCCAAGCUAGUAUUCAUGGGAGGUCGGUUGUUCAUCGGCUCUUCCGUUACCGGCGUCCUGUCCGGAGUCGACAACUACCUCUACGCCUAUGGGGUGGCCCGCCUCCCAAUAUCGACCUCCUCUCUAGUAGCCGCGUCCCAUCUGACUUUCCUUGCGCUUUUCGCAUUUGUUCUGGUGAAGCAGAAGUUCACUCCGUAUUCGAUCAAUGCGGUGGUGUUGCUCACCGUAGCAGCCGGAGUUUUGGCGCUUCACACGAGUACCGAUCGGCCGGAGGAUGAGUCCAGGAAGGAGUAUUACUCGGGGUUCUUCAUGACGGUAGCGGCCGCGGUUUUGUUCGGGUUUAUGUUGCCGUUUAUGGAGCUGACCUAUAAGAAGGCAAGACAGGACGUUACGUAUACUCUGGUGCUGGAGUUUCAGUUGGUUAUGUCUUUCGUUUCUACUCUAGUUUGCACUAUUGGCAUGAUAGUCAACAAUGACUUCAAGGCAAUUCCAAGGGAGGCCAGAGAUUUUGGACUCGGCGAAACAAUGUAUUAUGUGGUGCUGGUUUCCAGUGCCAUAGUUUGGCAGUGCUGCUUCCUAGGCUCGAUAGGGGUCACCUUCGUCGGUUCAUCUCUACUCUCUGCUAUCAUCAUCACAGUUGUACUCCAAGUGACAGAAAUUCUAGGUGUUAUUUUGUACAAGGAAAAAUUUACAGCAGAGAAAGGGGUUUCUCUUUUUCUCGCAUUAUGGGGAUUUGUUUCCUACUUCUAUGGUGAGCGAAAACACAGCAAGGAGAAGAGUGAAAUUCAAGCUCCAGAAAAGGAUACGCCGCUGCCUAUUACCGUUGCCACUCCAUCAUGAAUGAUUGUACAUAGUAUAUGUUAUUGAAUGUACUCUUUCAAACGGAUGCAUAGGACCGGCCUAGGGACAAAGGCUAUGCACAUUGCAAAGGGACUAGCCUCUGUAUACCCCAAAAGUUAUUUCUUCUUACUGUUUUAUGUAUUUUUUUUAUUUUUUUUGGCCAUUCGUUAAUCUUAAUCUACAUUAUCCUAUAGGAGAGACUUUGGGGAGGGGGCGAGGCUUACGGGAAUCGAACGUUGUCCAUGUACAUGAGAAUAUGUAAGGGAGGCCAACUGCACUCCACUCCAUGUGCUGUUAGUGUUUUAUGUUGUAUGUGGGCUAAAAUGGUUUGUUUGUAAAUUGUAAUUGGGUCAAAAGUCUAGUUUGGGCCUUUUGGUCGUGUGUUGUCUAGAUGGGUCUUAUUAUUGUAAAAUUAGCCGAAGGUCCAAUGUUGUUUGCAUAAAUAA